GGGAGUUUUCCAACUAUCUCUUGACGUCAUUACUACAGAACCCAACGGGGAUACCAGAGUGGGAGAAUUCCAUCUGAUGUGACUGACGGACCAAUGCGAAUAUUUGGAGAAUAUUCCACCCAAGGAGCUGGUGGUAGGUGUCUGUGAAAGGCAGUGCUAUGUUGAGGCGUGUCAGCGAUGACGGAUGCCGAAGAGAGCUUUGAGGACUUCAUCGCUUCCCGGCGGUCUGGCCGCAGAAAUGCCGUCCAUGAAAUCCCAACAGCAGAGACGCUGCAAGGAUCCACAGAUCUGUCCCAGAGGUUGGUGCAGCUCAGCAUCAGCAAGAGCGAGGAAGAGGAGGGAGAAUCUGAGAGCAACCAGGACUCUACGGCCAAAGACGAGGAGGUUCAGGCUGAAGACGGUUGACCUGCAGGGAUCCUCGUGCACCUUUAAGCCGUCCAGAGUGGUUUCAAAUCUCCGGCCAGUCCUCUAUGCAGCAAAACCAUAACCCCAUUGCUGUUUCUUUCAUAAACGUCCAUCAGAAAAGCCUCUUUUCCUCACUAGCUUCCCUAAUCUGCUCCUCCAAUCAGAACCACCUCCUCUUCUUAGUAGGCGGAGGAGCGUUUUUAUUUGAGUACGUUUACGGUCAACCACAGAUGAAACACUGAGGCAUCAUUUUCCCUCUUCAGUGUUGGAUUUUCAUACUUGUCUUGUUAUUGAACUCAGAAUCUUUACUUUAUGGUGCAAAUAAUCUCCCAACUGCAUUCAAGUGUUUAUGUGGCAAACUGUCAGAUUUGAUUUUUAACUUUAAAAUCAAGUUCUUCUCUCUAUUUUGCAAGUUUUAAAGGUCAGUACACAGAAUGUUGCACACCAUCGUGCAUUUUGAAUAUUUUAUUGACCGGCCAAAGAGCUCGUUCUUAUCGGUUCAUCGUGAACAGUUGGAGUAAUUGAUUGAUCAUGAUAGCAGCUGCUCUUUUGAAGCAGUGGACUUGUUUUACUUUAGUACACUGAUCAACCUGAGGGAGGAUAUCUGUGAACAUUGAAGUGCAGCUGGGAAUUUCAGAGUGUUGUGGUGUACAAAAUGAAGAAUUCGUUUUAAGUUUUUACUUGGUUUGUUUUAGUUCCUCCAGACCAGAGGUCUGCGACAUGAGGCGCCGGAGCCACAUGUGGCUCUCUGGUUAAAGAAAAACAAAGAUGUUUUAAAAAUACCUGAAAAAAAUAGACGGAAGCAAGUAAAAAAAAAAAAAAAAUUAAUACAUCACUCUGUAACCAUAUUGUUCCAAUAAUCAAUCAAGCGGUUCAGUUUUCUAUAAUUUAACAAAGUUGGAAUAAAACAUUUUGACAGAUUUUUGAGCAUCAUGUUCCAGAGAAAAUCCACUAGAAGCUUAUAAACCCAAUCAGAAUUCAUACUUAAGGCAGAUUAUCUAAUUUUGAACAAAUUCAAGGAUUUUAAAUGGUUAAAAAAAUACGGAAAGGGUCACUUAAUUUGCUCUAAUUUAAUUUUUGUUAGUUAGAUUUACAAAUUUCUGGUAGAAAUGGUAAUUUGUUUUUGUCUUUUACAUCACUGCUGAUAUUUCACUGCAUUCAUCACAUUUAGAUCAUCCUAUGUAGCGCUGGGUGUCUUUUAUUUUGAAAGGAAGUCAUGUGAACCUCUGUCAGAAGCUAUAAACGAUUGAAUUAAAAAAAAAGGUUAUUUUAUUUAUAUAAAAGCUUAUUUAUGUUUAUCAUAAUACGAAUGACAUACAUUCAAACCCUUGUCUCAUACUGGGUUGUGGUCAGUGAUAAAUUGAUCUUUUAAGGUUUAAAGGUUGCAGAUCCCUGCUCUAGACUCUUUCUUACUCUUCAGACUCUACUAUUCAAGUAUAACUCAAUGAUUAAAAGUGUUGCAAGAAGAAUCAUGAAGGUAAAAGGUUUUUUUUUAUAGAAAUAUAAAAAUAUUUUCAGAAUUCUUUUAUUUUAAAAAUGUGUAUUUGCAUGUCACUCUGAGGUCAUGUUAUGAUCAUAAAGCUACAGCAAUGCAUAGUGGACUUCUUUUCAAAAUUCCUGAAUAAACUGUUUUCUUGACUAAUUUGCACUUCAUCUAAGCUUCCCCACAUCCAUGUGAGUGUGUUAUUGUGAUCAAAUAAACUGUGAUUUGUAUUUGUAUUAUUCCGAAGACAAUAAUUUGUUAAUGAUGAUAAGAAAAAUUGCACUAAAAGCAGAACUGAAGUUUGUUUUGUUAAUACUUCUUUUGUCUGCUGCAAUAAUUACUUGGAUUUUUGUUCAUCUGUCUUUUGAGCCUUUUCAUAAUAAAAAAUAAAAA